AUGGCACGCCUCGCUCCUUACCUCGAACAACACAAAACCGAAAGCCUCAAAGGACCAGGUGACUCCCGACCAACAGCCGCCCAAAUAAUCAAGGAUCAAGGCCUCAUUGCGAGUCCCGAAUGGAGUGGCAGGGUCAUUCUCAUUACAGGAUGCUCUCCAGGAGGUCUCGGAGCUGACACUGCUAAAGCUCUUCAUCUGACCGGUGCGGACGUCUACAUCACUGUCCGGGAUGUCGCCAAGGGAAAGCAGGUUGCAGACGAGAUUCUGGCUGACGGCAAGCCGGGCAAAGUCUCUGUGAUCAAGAUGGACUUGGGUUCAUUGGCCAGCAUCCGUGCCGGAGCAGAAGAGUUCCUCCGCCAGAGCGGUGGCAAGCUCAACAUCCUAAUCAACAACGCAGGAAUCAUGGCCUGUCCACAAGGCAAAACUUCCGAUGGAUUUGAACUCCAAUUAGGCACCAACCAUCUAGCCCACUUCUAUCUCUUCCACCAAGUCAAGGCCGCCCUUUUGGCCUCGGCGACCCCGUCGUUCAACUCCCGCGUCGUGUCGGUCGCCUCCGCCGCCCACAGACACGCCCCGAUCAACUUUGACGAUCUCAACUACGAACGCACCGAGUACGUCCCCAUCGCCGCCUACGGUCAGUCCAAACUCGCAAACAUCUACUUUGCCAACGAGUUGGACCGGAAAUACAGGGCCCGGAACUUGCGCGCCUUGAGCUUGCAUCCGGGAGGAAUCCUCACCCCUCUCGCGAGGUAUCUCCCGAACACUCAUGACCUCAUGAACGAUGAAGGCCUGAUGAAGAUGAUGAAGAAUACCGAGCAGGGAGCCGCCACCACCGUCUGGGCCGCGGUGGCCAAAGAAUUGGAGGGCAAGGGAGGUCUCUACCUCGAUGAAGUCGCCGAGGCCGAACCCACUCCCGCGGACGCUCCUUACUACUCUGGUGGUUACAACAGUGAUGCUUUCAACCCGGAGGGAGAAAAGAGACUUUGGACCGAAAGCUUGAAAAUGACCGGAUUGAGUGCGUGA